UGUGUGUGUGUGUGUAAUUGUGUGUGUGUGUGUGUGUGUGUAAUCUGACGGAUCGGUUUAAGGGUUGUUAGUGUUGAUUAGCCCGGCUCUGUCCGUCCGGCCCGACCCGCUUCGCCAGCAUGUCGUCCAGCCCGCAGGAGCAGAACCAGAACCAGGAGCAGAACCAGGAGCCAAACCAGGAGCCAAACCAGGAGCAGACAGAGGAGAGGAAAACGGGAGAAACAGAGAAGGGAAACGAGCAGAAAGAGGAGAAAGCGGAGGAAAAGAAAGAAGAGAAGAAGGAGCAUAAUGAGAAGAAGAAGGAGGAGGAAUCCUGGCAGGAUUGUAUCUACAACCGGAGGACCGGAGAGUUCCUCGGCCGCACCGCCGGCAGCUGGGGUCUCAUCCUCCUCUUCUACUUGGUGUUCUAUGGGUUUCUGGCAGGAAUGUUUACUCUCACCAUGUGGGUAAUGUUGCAGACACUGGACGAAAAUGUCCCACGCUACCAAGACCGAGUGGCCAAUCCAGGUCUGGUUAUUCGACCUCAUGCAGCUGAAAUCUCCUUCAACCGCAGCGACCCAGCGAACUACAAUCAGUACAUCCAACAACUGCACAACCUGCUGGAGCAUUAUAACGACAGCCUGCAGGAGCGUAACGACCUGUGUCUGGUGGGCGAGUACACUGAACAGGAUGAUGAGCAGGUGAAGAAGGUUUGUCAGUUCAAACGCAGCACGCUGCAACAGUGCUCCGGUCUACCAGACAGCAGCUUCGGAUAUGCUGAGGGGAAGCCCUGCAUCAUUGUCAAGAUGAACCGGGUCAUUGGACUGAAACCAGGAGGAGAUCCCUACAUCAACUGUACUGCCAAGAGAGACAGUCCUUUACAAAUGCAGUACUUUCCAUUCGAGGGGCGUCUGGAUAAGAUGUUUUUCCCGUACUAUGGCAAGAAUGGUCAUUCAGACUACGUUCAGCCUCUAGUUGCAGUGAAGUUGCUUUUAACGAAGGAAGACUACAACGUGGAGCAGACCGUGGAGUGUAAGGUCGAGGGUUCAGACAUGCGGAACGACGACGAGCGGGACAAGUUUCUCGGUCGUGUCACCUUUCGGGUCAAAGUGUCAGAGUAGCUGGAUCCACCUGUUGCCAUGGAUACUGCAAACUGGGUGUACACAGAGUUCCAGUUCAGGACACUUUGUAAUUCAGACCUGAUCCAAUCCUAGAUGUCUGAACACAAACUAGAGUGAAUCUGGUUUGUCCUGUUCAGAUCUGGACCACUAAAUAUGGCUGAACCUGGUCUUCUUCAGUCUGGAUCCUGAUCCUCGGUUAGUCCUCAUCAUCAUUGGAGGUCACUUCUGGUCCCUGAUGAGGGUUGGGUUAACCAUAAUCCUAACCCUGAACCUGGUCCAGAUGUUUCUCUCUUGACUCUGUGGUCCAGAUCUGCUCCUCAGUGUAUCAAACAGAAACCAGUGUGACUCCAGUUCAACCUGUUCAGACAGUUAGACCAGAUCAGUUCUGUUGUGAAAGCAUGUGAGACAGCUACACAAUGAUGUGUUGUUUUUAGAUUUAUGUCUAUUAGUGAUCUGAUGAAAACAAUAAUGUGCCCCCAGUAGACUGAAAUAGAGCAGCAGAGCAGAAACGCUGACUUCACUACAGAAACAGAAACACGAUGUGUUUGGAUGUUUACAUGCAGUCAGAAAUCAGAUUAAUCACCUCCCACACUAAACACUAAGUUCCUUUACACUACUUUAAAUGCACUGAACACAUCUUCAGCUUUUGGCUGUCAACAUUAUCAGGUUCAGGGAUUAAGACAAAAACUUUCAGUUGUGGUUCUUAAUUUUUUGUCUGUUUGUUUGUUUUUUUGGUGUGAGUAAACAGAGAAGACAGAGAAUAAGUCAGUAGGCUGGUCUUAUCACUGACCAAAGUUUUAGAGUAAACACUAUUUAUACAAAUGUUUCAUAGAUAAGUACAAGAAGUUGUGUUAUUGCAGAAAGCUUGAGCCGUCUGAGUUUAAUGUCUCCCAACACUUGAAUGCUCAUCGGCGUUAUUAUCAUUGUUUUCAGUCAAAAACUGAAGCCUCAGUGUUAAAGUUCCGCUAUGGUUGAACCAGUGCCCUGACUGGGUCAAAAAUGUGAAACAGUAUGUUAGGCUUAUCAUUAUUCAUAAAUAUAUGUCCUAUAGAACGCACUCUCUACAGAGAUUAAAGGCAAACACAUAACUGUAGUAAAGAGUGCCUCCUAGAGGAUGGACCUUACACUGAAUCUCAGUGAAGCAGAACACUGCCUUGUUGCUCCACCCACCCAACACCAUCUCAUCCGUCUGUUGGAAAAUGUGAAGUUCACUUCCACACUGACUGUAAUUUCCUUUUACCUCCUGUAGUUGGUUAGUCAUUCUUCAUCAUGUCAGCAGAUAUACUUUUUCAGUCCAAAUUUUUAAAUAUACUUAGAGUAUAAUGAGUUCCUGCCAAUGUGUCUCCAGCCAAAUGUUGUACAGGUAAAAAAAUGUGAAUUAGUGUGAUUCCAGUGAGUAGUGUUGUGUGAAUAUUGAACAAGAUGACAUCAGUAGAGGUCCUGCUUCAUUGUGGUGUCUCUAUGUAUUGUGACAUAUCUGUUUUUAUCCUGAAUGAAAGACACAUCUGUCUAUACAGACGAAAUGAUGUUUACAUAAAUGACGUCUCUGUAUUUCUUCUGGAGGAAGAGAAGAGGAAGCAACAUGCUGAUAAUGCAUUUCCACUUCUGCAAAUAAACAAGAAGAUCCAAUAAUGUCAUGAGAAAAUCUGUUUCCAUCAGCCUUUAUCAUGUCUUUACCUGCACUAUAAAUUGAGUUAGGGGUGUUCAUUUUAUCUCUGUGGUUCUCAAUGUCUAAGUUACCUCUGUUUCUGGAACAGAAAACCCAGUUUCCCUCAUCUCAGGGUUAACAAACUCUGAGUUUUCACCAAACCCGCUUUGUGGAAUAUACACCAGGGGUCUAUUCUAGAAA